GUUAGGGACUUCCAUAUUGCAAAAAGGGAGGAAGAUAUAAGUUCAUAUGCCGGUUAUGUGGGAGCUUCAUUCAUGUGUGGCAGAGCUUUCACUUCUCUUCUAUGGGGAUUUAUUUCUGAUAAAUAUGGUCGGAAGCCAGUAAUAAUCUUCGGCACAAUUACAGU